AUGGUUCGUCCCAUCGCCAUUCUCGCAGCCGUGCUGCCCGCUGUUCUCGCUGCCCCCUUCGGCCUGAAUGAGAACAAGGCUGCCAACAAUACCGAUACCUUCAUGGGCGUCCCCAUCUCCAACCUGAACGCCCUUGACCUCAUCCCCAACAAGUACAUCGUCGUCUACAACAACUCAUUUGACGACGAUGCCAUCACUUCCAAGAUGUCCUCUUUCGCCGCCGCCAUCAAGAAGCGUAACAUUGGCAAGCGUUCCCUCGACGGCCGCUCUCUGAGCACCUCGACCCGCAACUUCAAGAUGAACAACUGGCGCGCCACCGUCAUGGAGGCCGACGACAACAUGAUCAUGAACGUCAUGAGCGCCGAGGAGGUCGCCUACGUCGAGCAGGACGCCAAGGUCAAGAUCUCCGCCACCGUCUCCCAGACCAAUGCACCCCCGGGUCUCGUCCGCCUGUCUCACGCCGCUGCUGGCGAGACCGGCUACGUCUUUGACCAGGUUAGCGGCGACGGCAUCACUGCCUACGUCGUCGACACUGGUAUCCUCACCACCCACUCCGAGUUCCAGGGCCGUGCCACCUUCGGUGCCAACUUCAUCAACAACGUGGACACUGACGAGAACGGCCACGGCUCUCACGUCGCCGGCACUAUCGGUGGUCAGACUUUCGGUGUCGCCAAGAACGUCAAGCUCGUUGCUGUCAAGGUCCUCGAUGGCGACGGUGCCGGUUCCAACUCUGGUGUUCUCGAUGGCAUGCAGUUCGUCAUCGACGAUGUUAAGGCCAAGAACAUCACUGGAAAGGCAGUUAUGAACAUGUCGCUUGGUGGCUCGGCCUCGGCCGCUGUCAACCGCGCCAUCGAGGCUCUGAACACCGCCGGUAUUGUUCCCGUCGUCGCCGCCGGCAACGAGAACCAGGACGCUGCCAACACUUCGCCCGCCUCUGCCCCCAACGCCAUCACCGUCGGUGCCAUCGACGCCCGCAACGACCGCAAGGCCUCUUUCUCCAACUUUGGCAAGGUCGUCGAUAUCUUCGCCCCCGGUGUCAACAUUCUGUCCGUCGGCAUCGCAUCCAACACCGCCACUAACACCCUCUCCGGCACCUCCAUGGCCUCUCCUCACGUCGCCGGUCUUGCCGCCUACCUGAUGGGUCUGGAGGGCCUCAACACUGUCAAGUCCCUGACCGACCGUAUGCUUCAACUCGCUACGGCCUCAGGCGCGUCGGUGCAGCGCAACACGGCCGGCACGACCAACCUGAUCGCCAACAACGGCCAGCUCUAA